GGUCUUUUGUUUAGAAUAGAAAAACUAAGAAUAAUCACCAGCAAAAACAGUUGUAAAUAAUGAUCAUGUUUGAAAUAUGACGAGUAAGUUAGCAUGGAAAUCAUUUGAAAGGAAUUUAAAAAGUUUAAAAAAUUCUAAAUUGAUGAGUCAUGGGGAAUAUGUUGAAAUGUACAAAACGCUGGAUGAAUACUUUCAGAAACAAACAUGGCUUCUGUUUGAAAAAGAUAAAAACGAAUUUGAUUUAAGGCCUUUUCUUUAUGGACCAAAUGAUGAUUAUGACAAGCCAUUUUUACUGACAUUGAUCAAAAUGUUGGUUGAAGUUAUCAGAGAAAAUGACAUAACCAAACAAAUUGAUAAUCUCAAAAGAAUUUAUCAAUGGUACAAAGCCAACAAAAUUUUAUUAGAUCCAAAUUUUAAUACUGAUGAAGAAGAAAUUUCUAAGAAAGAUUUGCCAAGAAAAUCUCCUGUUCCUGUAUUACAGUACACAUCACGCCCAAAUUCAUCUGUAUCUCUGCCACCAUCAUUAUUAUUAACAAGUUCGAAAAUAAAUAUGGAACGUGAAAAUACUCUUGAAAGAACUUUGUCUCCAAUAUGCAACAGAAAGAUGUUGCAGAACACAAAGUUACUUGGUAGACCAACAACAUCUUCACCGGUGCUUUCUGCUGCUCCUUCUCCUGUUUUUAAUCAAAGAAAAAGACCACAAACAUCCCCAGGUCAAAAUCAUGGUAAUAUUAUCUUGUCGGAUCAGAGGCCUAAUGAAAUCACUUCUCAAGUUCGAAAAGUAAGUGGCAAGACCAAUGGGACAUUACCAAACUGUGCAGCAAUGAAAACAACAGGUGUUGUGUUGAAACAAAAAUAUACAAACAAAGAUGAGAAUAACAAAAAGAGAGAAUCAAAUAUGGUCUUAAAAGCACCACAUGCAGCUCUAACGCUGAGAGGGAUUCCUUCAUCCGUCGACAUGUCUAAAGUUAUCAAAGCAAUUCAAAACGAGAAUAACACUCCAUUUGAUGAACGUGAUUCAAAUAAUAAUGAUAAUGAUGAACAAAAUAAUAUAACUCAACAAAAAGUUCUUUCAGAAUACUACCAAUCUUUUGGGAUUGAUUUGGAGCAACAAGUCGUUACAGAUUUGAAGAAAAAAGAUUUUGUGAGAGAUUCACUGAAAAUGGAAGAUAUUAUGAGGCGUACUGACAAAGUGGGUGAAGAGUUAAGCAAAAAACGUGAAGACAAUAAGCAUAAACCAGUUGGAAAUGACAAUUCUUACUUAAGUUAUAUAAAAAAUGAAAUGAAUUUUAAAAGCUUGAACGACACUGAAAGAAGCAGAUCUCGAAGUUGUGACAGUGCUUUACUAAAUAAGGCUUCUGUUGAUCUUGAUAUCGAUAGAACAGGAUCCCAGUAUAGUGUUCAUUUGCCGCAAGAAAAGAAAACAACAACGAAAAAGGUACCUACAUCGGGACCUGUAGUUCCAGACACAAUACGAUACCAAUGGACUGAAAGUGAAUUUGGUUGGAGAACUCACAUGAAAAGAAAACCUAGGAUUAAAAAACUUCCACUGUACAGAAGAGAAACAAAAUCUGAACAAAGUUCUAGAAAUUUUGAACGACAACUUGACCCCAAAGUAAUUGCUUCAAUGAUGGUUGUGAAACAUUUAGGAGAAAGCGCAAAUUCUUCCAGAAGUUUCUCUGCGCAUGAUGACCAAAAAAAUGCUGCACAAUGGAUAGUUGAACAUCCAGAGAUGUAUUUAUUUGAUACUGAAUACAUUCAAUUCACAAAGAAAUUAUCCUACGAGCAAGGUUAUGGAUAUCUUGAUGCUUUAGGGAAGCGACAAAUCGAUUUAACGGUUCCUUCAGAAAAACUUUAUGUAUCGGCCAAUCAUACAUCACCGUGUUAUUACAGUACGCAGAACGUUCCAGCCAAUCACGAUUCUGAUGAAGACUUUGAUUUGGAGAAUAUUUUACUAACUGACGAAGAGAUGAAGACAAACGGCACAGGGCUGAUCCUCCACCCUCGUCCUAAUGGACAAGACAUAUCUAUUUCUGAUCCAUCACAUUCAAAUUACGGAGGUAUUUCAAGCCGUUUGCCACAUGGCGCCUCUGCUAAGGAUGUUGUCUUGAAGAAAACCGAGGCUGUUAAUACUGUCAUCAAAGCUCCACGUAUUUCUAUUGAACGACCAAAAUUCUGUGCGAGUUGUUUCAAAACAUCAGAUUUUCAUCAUUUCUGUCUGGACGGAGAGCACGAGCUAGACGAAAGCACUCAGUUACAACGUCAAAUCAAUGCAGCAAUUGAUAUUCAAAAAAUAUUUCGUGGUCAUAUGGUGCGUCGCUAUAUGAAAGAACUUAAAUCAAGCCAUAAACAAAGAAAGAAGAAAAGAGCAGAAGCUAUUUCAUACGCCGAAAAGAAGUAUAGAGAGCACAUCAGACAACUACGAGAAAACAUGGAGUAUAGAGAACCAAACAUUGUGGAUUUUCAAUUCGAGAAAGAAUAUAAAGCUAAAAAGAAGCAACAAGAACUUGAUAGGAAACAGAAAUUGAGUUUGUUUGCUCGCAGACAAGCUAUGCAGCAAGCUAAACAGAACAAUUUGACGAAACGAUCACAAGCAUCUGAUAAUAUAUACGAAAUUUUCCACGAUAAUGGACCAAGUAAAGCGGAAAUGAAGAAAGCUGCAAUCCAAAUACAAAAAAUUGUGCGCGGUUGGCUUGUGCGGAUACAUUUUCAAACAUCAAAAUAUAAGGCGAUGAAGCGCACGUUAGAUUUUGGUGGAUUUGUCCACAACGUUUACAUAACUCAUUUGGAGAACAUCAUGAAACGACAUGGAGUUAAGAAUCCUAAAGUGGUUUUACAAUUUAACGAAUUGUUAGAAUACAUUGAAAGGAGGAACAAAUAUGAAGUAGAAUUCGAUCGCAUUGUUGGAAAAAAUAACACGAACGUGAUUUCUUUCGAUGAGAUAAAGUUAUUUUUCGAAGCCUGUGGUUUGCAUCCAUCAAGAGAUGAAAUGCUAGCGGCUAUAAAAUCUGUUUUAAAGGAAAAAGGCGUCAGCAAACACGACGUGCAUAUGUACACAAAAUCAGAUAUUGUUGACAUCACAUUCCAGAUAUACAUUCCAAGAGGUACAAAUUUAAAGAACACACGUAAGUCAACUUGGAUGAACCCGUUGAUCAAUGGAGAAGAAGCUGUUAAAUUAAUAGGGAAAAAAGGCAUGGAAGAGACAGAUCUCGCGCAUUGUUUAGAUAUUGUACAGAAAAUGAUGCGUGAACGGAACGACAUGGACGAGAAAGCAAUUGUCACUGAUCUGCUUCCUGAUGAUGCGAAGCGAGAAGGUUUUGAAGAAUAUGUGCCACGUGAUGUAAACAAAGGGAGAAAGGGGAAGAGUAAAAAAAGAAAAUGAAAUUUAAUCAUUGUUGAAUGUGAAGCAUUAUAUGAAAUAGUAUUUUAUUAAUUUAAUGUGUGUUUUUGAAAUUUUGUGUUGAUUUUUUUUCAGCCUUUUUUCGGAAAAAAAAGUCAGUCUUUUUUGUUACUUCUUGAAAUACACGUGUUCAUCUUUUGCGCAGUUUUUUUAACAUUUCUAACUCUUCUUUGAAAAGAAUAUGUUAAAUAAAAAUGGUUUCAAGUUAUCAUUUUUAUACUAAUUUUUAUAAUUUAUUUUUUUAGCCUCGAAUUUUUAACCCUAUAUUUUAUUGUAAAAGAUUUUAACAGUAUUGAAAAUUUCAUUAUUUUAAGAACAUAUUUUUGACUAACAUAAAUAAUAUAAAUUUAAAAUUUUUAACUUUUGUGUGAAAUAUUUGUGUAGAUGGUGUAUAUUUUACUUAAUAAUUUAAUGUAUGUCCUUUUGGGAGGCUGGACAGAAUAUUCGCUGCGACAAACCUUUGACAGUUUUCCAGCUACUUGUUUUUAAAUAAACUAGCACAUUUCUUUGUUGUUCAAAGUUUUAUAUGGUAUUUUCGCAAUUUUUUUUUUUUUUUGUUUUUGCGAUUUUUUGUCCAAAUCGCGAAUGUUAGGUCCCGCAAAGGCUAAAUAGCAAAUAUUAUAUUGAAAUAAAAUUCUCGUGAAUUUUUUUUGGGGGGGACAAAAUUUCUUUUAUAUAUCACUGUCAUCCUUUAAGGUUUUGUAUAAUAAUUGUUAACUAACUAUAAAUCGAAUUACGUAAUGCGGUUUUUUGCAACAUUGAUGACGAUUACAAUUUAUGUAACUUUGCAC